GCCCUAAAAUUAUUUCACACCCGACAGAGCUCUGAAUAUUUCUUCAAUGGCGGAAGUACAGAUUGGGAAAACCUAUCCAGUAAAAUCAAGACUAAAACCAAAAUCAAAGAAACCCACAUCAACAACAGAAUCAAAAUACUGGAAAAAAUCAUACAAAACCACUCAAAUCCCCAACCUAAUUUACCCAAUCACAUCCAUCGAUUUCUCCCCUUUAACAAAUGAUUUCAUCACAACUUAUUCAGCUUCAGCAACACUCUACAGCUCACAAACCUUGGAACCCACUUCUAAAUUUACUUCCUUUAAUGAUGUAGCAUACUCUGCUAGUUACCGUCAUGAUGGGAAACUUGUUGCUUUUGGUGGUGAAUCAGGAGAUGUUCAAGUUUUUGAUCUUAAAACUCGAUCAGCACUUCGUCGAUUGAAAGGUCAUUAUCGUUCUGUUCGUUGUGUUAAGUAUCCCAAAUUUGAUAAUCUUCAUUUGUUUUCAGGAGGUGAUGAUACAUUUGUUAAGUAUUGGGAUGUGGCUUCUGAAACUGAGUUGCUUAGUUUCCAGGGUCAUAAAGAUUAUGUAAGGUCUGGGGCAUCGUCUCCCGUAAGCUCUGAUUUGUUUGUUACUGGUUCAUAUGAUCAUACAGUUAAGUUAUGGGAUACUAGGGUUUCGUCUAUGAAUUCUACUAUGAAUAUUAACCAUGGUAAGCCUGUUGAGGAUGUGAUAUUUUUACCAUUUGGUAGUUUAUUAGCUACUGCUGGUGGUAAUUCUGUCAAAAUUUGGGAUGUUACUAGUGGAGGGAAAUUAAUUUAUGCUAUGGAAAGUCAUAAUAAGACUGUGACUUCGAUUUGUGUUGGUAAAAUUUUGAAAGAUGGGAGUCCAGAGUCUGAUGAGAGUAGACUUUUAAGUGUUGGGUUAGAUGGGUAUAUGAAAGUGUUUGACUAUUCGGCUUUAAAGAUUACACAUUCCAUGAGGUAUCCUGCGCCGUUGUUGUCUGUUGGUGUUUCCAGUGAUUCGUCUGUGAGGGUUAUUGGUACUUCUAAUGGUGUUAUUUAUGCUGGUAAAAAGAAAAAGAAGGAUGUCGAUGGUGUUAGUGGAAAGGAGUUGGGGGAAUAUAGUAUUAGUUCAGUACCAGAGAAGCGAGCUUUGAGGCCGACCAAUUUCCGAUACUUUGAACGAAGUCAAAGCGAGAAACCUUCUCGAGGAGAUUACCUGAUUAAGAGACAAGCGAAAGUGAAGGUAACUGAACAUGAUAAGCUUUUGAGGAAGUUUAGGCAUAAGGAAGCUUUGGUAACUGUGUUGAAUGGGAAGUCGCCACAUGAUAUGGUGGCAGUAAUGGAAGAAUUGGUUGCAAGGAAGAAGUUGUUAAAGUGCGUUUCUAAUCUGGACGAAGAUGAACUUGGUUUGUUAUUGAAUGUCUUGCAUAAAUAUUGUACCGUGCCUAGAUAUGCUGGUUUCUUAAUUGGAUUAACAAAGCGAGUUGCACAGAUGCGAGCUGAAGAUAUUAAAAGUUCUUAUACUUUGAAGGGAUAUGUUCGGAAUAUUAAGCGUUCACUCAUGGAAGAAAUAAGUAUACAAAAUUCCUUGCAAGAGAUUCAAGGUAUUAUUUCGCCAUUGCUGAGGAGUGCAGAAAAAGCUUUUGGUAACUAGCCUGUUCAUUUCGUGAGGGAGUAUUAUGGUGGCAAGAUGGAAGUGGAGCUGUUUGUGCUGCAGUUGCCAGUUAUGUAUUCUCUCAUAGAAACUGUUAGAUAUCUGAGAUGGAUGUUAUGGUUGGUCUCGGAAUAUCCUUACAGGUGGAUGUGAGUGCUCAUUACGAUUUGUUAUGUGCUGUAGCUAAUAUCCACUGUUUCCCAACCCAACCAAAUUUAUUCUCUUCUUUACUAGUUGUUAAAUUUGUGCUGCAGUUGCCAGUUAUGUAUUCUGUCAUAGAAACUGUUAGAUAUCUGAGAUGGAUGUUAUGCUUGGUCUCGGAAUAUCCUUACAGGUGGAUGUGAGUGCUCAUUACGAUUUGUUAUGAGGUGUAGCUAAUAUCCACUGUUUCCCGACCCAACCAAAUUUAUUCUCUUCUUUACUAGUUGUUAAAUUUCUCAGAUAACUCACUAAACUAGGGUUUCAUGUUUGACUCUGUUUGCUAACCCUUCAUCAAACUUGAAAGAUUAUUUGGCAUUU